AUGCCUCUGUCCGAAACAGAGCUCACGCUCGUUGAAGCCAUGUUCAUGAACAAGCAUAACGUGAAUUCAGUUCUCAAAGUCCUGCCACACGCCGUCGUCUCGACCCUGUAUAGACAGAAGAAAAACUUCGACACCUUUGGCUCCAUACAUAAGCCGGAAACCACAAAGAAGAGAAGGCUAAGAAAGCCCAUUGUAGCUGAUGCAGAAGCCCAUGCCACUUCAGCCGAGCCUGAGAGUCCCCCGUCCAGGAACCCUCUGUCAGAAACCGAUCGCACCAUAGAGGUGCUCUUCUCGCAAGGCUGUUCCGUCCGUGUUGUGCAAACCUGGUUCCCAAAAAGACCCAAGAGCAGCCUUUAUCGAAUGCANAAGAACUUUCAAGCCUUUGGCACCGUCAGAAAGCCAGAAACCAUGCACAANAAGAAGGGACGACCACCAGCUGUUACACCCGAGAUGAAAGAAUGGUUGGUUGAGCUAGUCAAAGACGGCAAAGAGAUGUGGCAGAGAGACCUUGCCUACGAGCUGUUCACAAAGUUCGGUGUCUUUGUAUCUGCGUCCACCAUUUCACGUCUUCUUAAAGAGCAGAACGUAGUCAAAACCCUAGGACCCGUAGAGAGCGCGGAUACAGAGAUGGCACCAGAAGAAGAUUCGGAUACGCUGAUUACUGAAGACUCAAUUCUGGACCCUCUACUCCAAUGGACCUGA